AUGUCGCAAGAAGUUCCAAAGUCACUCAACAAUGUCAAGCAUGUGGUUCUAAUACUUUCAGGUAAGGGUGGUGUGGGAAAGUCCUCUGUAACGACACAAACGGCACUUACCCUAGUCAACAAAGGUUUCAAUGUGGGUGUGCUAGAUAUUGAUUUGACUGGCCCUUCGCUCCCGAGAAUGUUUGGUGUUGAAAAGAAACAGGUCCACCAGUCCACUCAAGGAUGGGUUCCAGUGCAAGUGUAUUCGAAAUCAGAAACGUUGUCAGGCGGUAGCUUGAAAUUGAUGUCCUUGGGGUUUUUGCUAGGUGAUCGAGGUAACUCAGUUGUUUGGAGAGGUCCUAAAAAGACGGCAAUGAUAAAGCAAUUUUUGAAAGAUGUUGUAUGGAGCACUGAUGAGCCGCUAGAUUAUUUACUCAUUGACACUCCACCGGGCACUUCGGAUGAGCAUAUUGCGAUUGCGGAGGAGUUGCGAUAUGCUCAACCUAUCGACGGCGCUAUUAUUGUGACUACUCCACAACAAGUGGCAACGGCGGAUGUUCGAAAAGAGAUUAAUUUCUGCAAAAAAGUGAAUUUUGAUAUAUUGGGGGUGAUUGAGAAUAUGUCUGGAUUUAUAUGUCCGUAUUGUUCAGAGUGCACUAACAUAUUCUCCAGUGGCGGAGGUGAGCAGUUGGCCAAGCAACUUGAUUUGAGAUACUUGGGGAAUAUUCCGAUAGAUCCCACGUUUGUUGAAAUGAUUGAGUUACAAGAUGACAAAGACAAAAAGUUGAUUGAUUUGUAUCAAACUUCGGAAUUGAAACCGAUCAUGAGUGAUGCUAUAGAUAAGAUUCUACAUUUGAAUUUGGAGUCGAGGAUUUAG